CUCAUUUUCAUGAGCAGAUCUUGCUCAAGUAGCCGGGGAGAACGGACCUCCGUGCGAGAGGAGUCUUGCAAAGGGAAAGUUGUAACCACUUUGUUGAAUAUCAUUUAGGAGAAUCUUUGACUUUCAAGAGGGUGGAAAUCUGAGUUAAAUUAAAGAACUCUCAGAGUGGACGUGGUUUAAAUGAGUGAAGCAUUUUCUCUGCAAAUUUGAUAGGUCUGAAUGUGAGCAGGUCAUUUCCUUGCCAGAACGGCAAGGCUUGGGGCUGUGAUGUUUUAAACUGAUAUCUGUGGGCAAGAGGGUAGAGCUGAGGCAUAAACUUCAAACAAAAUUCUGCCCCACCUCCAAAUAAUAGCUUAUUCAGGCAGCUGGACAGCAUCAGGCAUCAGGGCAACUUUGCUAAACAUGGAAGUUCCCAUGCGUGCUUGUCCAGUCUGACCAGGGGGAGUGAUGUCACCGUCACGUGUUUCCCACCAAGACACAAAAGCCCACUGGAUGCUGGUGCAAUUAAGAGCCAUGUUUAGACAAGAGCAGCUAAUCUGGGUUGCUCCUCCCCAGCUCCAUUAACUCCUUGGUUUUCAAGCCAUCUCUGGAGGCUGCAGUUCCUUCUGGUUGCCUCUGUGCCAGCUCUAAGUGGGAUCGUCAGGCUUCCUUGAGGAUGGAGGAAGUUCCGUGGCAGUGGAUGAUACUAACGGACACAACAAUGACUCUGAAUAAUGUCACCAUGCGCCAGGGCACUGUGGGCACGCAGCCACAGCAGCAGCGCUGGAGCAUCCCAGCCGACGGCAGGCAUCUGAUGGUCCAGAAAGAGCCUCACCAGUACAGCCACCGCAACUAUCAUUCUGCUGUCCCUGAGGACCACUGCCGCCAGAGCUGGUCCUCUGACUCAACGGAUUCAGUCAUCUCCUCUGAGUCAGGGAACACCUACUACAGGGUGGUGCUCAUAGGGGAGCAGGGGGUGGGCAAGUCCACUCUGGCCAACAUCUUUGCGGGUGUGCAUGACAGCAUGGACAGCGACUGCGAGGUGUUGGGAGAAGAUACAUAUGAGCGAACACUGAUGGUUGAUGGGGAAAGUGCAACAAUUAUACUCCUGGAUAUGUGGGAAAAUAAGGGGGAGAAUGAGUGGCUCCAGGACCACUGCAUGCAAGUUGGCGAUGCCUACCUGAUUGUCUACUCCAUCACAGACCGAGCCAGCUUUGAGAAGGCAUCUGAGCUGCGAAUUCAGCUCCGCAGAGCCAGGCAGACAGAGGACAUUCCUAUAAUUUUGGUUGGCAACAAAAGUGACCUGGUGCGGUGCCGAGAGGUGUCUGUUUCAGAAGGGCGAGCGUGUGCUGUGGUGUUUGACUGCAAGUUCAUUGAGACCUCCGCGGCUGUCCAGCAUAAUGUGAAGGAGCUGUUUGAAGGCAUCGUGCGGCAGGUCCGCCUUCGGCAGGACAGCAAGGAGAAGAAUGAACGGCGGCUGGCCUACCAAAAAAGGAGGGAGAGCAUCCCCAGGAAAGCCAGGCGCUUCUGGGGCAAGAUUGUGGCCAAAAACAACAAGAAUAUGGCCUUCAAGCUCAAGUCCAAAUCCUGCCAUGAUCUCUCUGUGCUCUAGGCACCCAGAGUACCCAGAUGUCCUCCUGAUGGACAUUGUUGAAGGCCAUUGGGACCGAUAAUCUAUAUUAGAUUGGAUCCUUAAGUAUUGUUAAAUGUGGCUUUUCCUAGUGCAUCUGGGAAUUAAUGUGUUAGCAUCAUGGGCAACAAAAUACAUGGGAAAUGAAAGUCCUUGUAAAGAUUCAAUAUUUAUUUGCAGGAAAAGCCUGACCUUGUUACUUGAACACCCAAGACUCAUUAGAGGAUGUGUUUGGUGUUCACAUAUGUUUCCCCUCUCCUUUGGAUAGCAGAGACUUGAAGUCUACUAAAGAAUGCCUAGAACAAUAACUUUUCAUUAUUAAAUUUUCCCCCACUAUUCUGGUAUGUGAAUUUGAAGCCAAUGGGUCAUAAACAAAUAUAGGAAUGUGUCAGUGCUUAUUCAAAGGAGGGGGAACUUCUUUCUCUGUACUUUAUAUUCAUGGAGCUAGGACUGUAGAACUGGGCUUAUCAUGAUCAUGACCAUUAUUGCUCCAUCAAGCUGUGAAAGAAAUGAUGGUCCUUGCUGGAAACUAAAGCUUCGCAAACAAUUUUUGUUCCAAAUUUUUGUUCCAAAAUUUGUUCCAAAUCCACAGCUGAGGAUCCAAAAAUUUAUAGAAUUGGGAACUGAUACAUGUUCCACUAUGGGUUCAAAAAUUGUAUAUUUACUUCUGUGUCAUAAUUUUUUAUUCAGGGGAAAAUUAUUUUAAUCAAAUUCUACUUAGUCCAACCACCUUUUUUGUUACAUUAUUUUAAAGUCAUAGGGCAAUCAUAAAAAUGUUUUUAAAAUCUGAAUUAUUGAAAACCUAGAGUGCAGAAUGCCAAAUUUUAAAAUAUAAUCAAAGUUCUGAAUUUUUAUAGCACAAAACAUAAGUACUUCCAGUACUUUGAGUUGACCCUUUUAUGCCACAGCUUUGCUCUAUUUAUUGCUAUUUUGCAAAAUAAUAACCAUUUUAACAUUUGAUAAAGCAUAGUUAUGACAUGUUUGUUAAUAAGAAAAAUGUCCAUUUUAUUACCAUUUUCUAUCUUUUUCAGAAUAUGAA